AUGCGUGGAGGUAGCUCCGGCGGUACCGGAACUACCAGUAAUGGUCUCACCUCUACCGUAGACAGUUUACCCGGAAAAGGCCAUCUUCACACUUUGGAAAUCGAGAAUUUCAAAUCUUACAAAGGAAAGCAUAUUAUCGGCCCAUUCAGCAGAUUUACUGCUAUUAUUGGACCGAAUGGAUCUGGAAAAUCGAAUUUGAUGGAUGCAAUUUCCUUUGUUCUCGGAGAACGGCCAACCAGUUUGCGUGUCAAGAAAUAUACUGAUCUCAUUCAUGGAGCUCCGAUUAACAGACCAGUUGGAAAGAAAUGCCGCGUUACAAUGAAUUACAAAUAUGCGGACGGAACGAUAAAAGCUUUUGCCAGAGGUGUUAAUAACGGAACUUCUGAAAACUACCUCGACGGACAGCUAGUUACCAAAGAAGCGUAUGCUGCUGAGAUGGAGAGUAUCCAGAUUUUCAUCAAAGCCAGAAAUUUCCUAGUUUAUCAAGGAGCCAUUGAGAGCAUCGCUAUGAAGAAUCCAAAAGAGCGAACUCAACUUUUCGAGGAGCUCUCUCGCUCCUACGAAUUCCAGAACGAGUAUGAAAAGUUGAAGAAUGAAAUGACGAAGGCCGAAGAUGAUACUCAACACAAUAUGAACAAACGUAGAGGAAUUGCUCAGGAGAAGAGAGAAGCCAAGAUGGAGAAGGAUGAGGCUGAAAAGUAUCAAACGAUGAAGAAUGAGUUGGCUGCCAAAUCAACUAUGCUCUAUCUUCAUCAACUAUUCCAUUGUGAGCGAUUGAUCGACGAGUCUAAAGAGAAGAUCAACGAGCAGAAAAAGAUCAUUGCCGCAUUGGAAACCACAAAGACUGCAGAAGAGUUGAAGAUUCAAGCAGUUCAUACCGAACACAAGAAAGUGCAGAGAGAAGUUCAAAAACUCAAUCGAAAGCUGGAUAGUCAAGAGUCAGCUCUAGCACAAAAGCAGCAGGAAAGGCUCUCUUUGAAGGUGGCAGUGGCUCAUGAAUUCAAAAAGUUGGAGUCCGCGAAUAAAGCAUUGUCUGCCGCAGAGGCAUUGGCUGAAAAUAGUGCAGCUCAGUUGGCAGAUCUCAAAAAGAGGAAGGCUGAUAUGGAAGGACAAAAAGUUGCUUAUGAAGCUGAAGUUCAGGGAAUGAUGGACGGAGGAGACUUGAAUUUAUCCGAAGAGCAGCGUAACGAAUAUCAAGAGCUCAGAAAUCUUGCUGAUCAAGAGUCGGCGCUGAUUCAAAGAAAUCUUUUGACUGCUGUACAAGUGUUGGAAGGACACAAAAGUUGCUUGAACCACGAACUUCGGAAGCAGAAGGAAAUGCAGGAAAGAGUUAGACAGAAGGAAGCAGAUGUCCAGAGACUCGAGAGACAAAUCGCGGCACUCAGCACGAAAAUCGCGGAGACCGAAGAAGAGCAUAAAGCUUUGGUGAAGGCUCUGAAGAAGUUGGAGGACUCGGUGGUCAUUGACAAAUCGGCUAUGGGAGAUCUCAGCAAGGAAUUGAUUGCUGUUAACCGUCAACUCUCAGAUGCAUCCGGUGACUCUGCAGAAGGAGAGAGAAAUCAACGACGUGUGGAAGCGAUAACAAGUUUGAAGUCGGCGUUUCCAGAAGCUGUGUAUGGAAGACUCGUCGAUUUGUGUCAGCCAUCGCAUAAAAGAUUCAAUAUUGCAACUACCAAGAUUCUUCAAAAGCAUAUGAACAGUAUUGUCUGUGAUACCGAGGAGACUGCUCAUAAAGCUAUUGAGUUCUUGAAGACGAAUCGUUUUGCCACAGAAACCUUCCUUCCCAAUGACGCUCUUGUCGUCAACCCAAUCAACGAGAAGCUUCGCGAAAUUCGUCGUCCAGUCGGUGUGAAACUCGUCUUCGAUGUGAUCAAUGUCCAAAAUCAAAACGCUCGAAAAGCACUGCAAUUCGUUUGUGGAAACUCGUUGGUUUGUGAAAAUCAGGAUGAUGCCAAAGCACUGGCAUAUGGUGGAACUGAGCUGAAGGAUCGUUACAAGGCCGUUUCCAUGGACGGAACCCUCUUCCAACAGUCUGGUGUUCUAUCCGGAGGAUCUGCGGAUCUUCGUCAAAAAGCCAAGAAGUGGGAUGAGAAAGUGGUCAAGCAGCUCCGCGAGAAACGCGACAAUUUGAACGAAAAGAUCGCCGAUCUCCAGAAGCAUCGCCGUCGUGAAAUUGAAGUUGAAGCUGAAAGAGGAAAGAUUGCUAGCAUCGAACAAAGAUUGAUUAUGUGGAAGAAUGAGUUGAAGUCUCUUCAGCAGAAUCAUCUGAUGAGACUUCAGAAUGAGUUGGAAGGGUUGAAUGCUGAAGAGGAACAGAUUCCGCCGAAAAUCGAGCGCUGGCAAGAAAAGGUCCAGGAAAGCCAAGCGGUUGUUCAAAAUUUGGAAACUGCGAGUAACAAAGUGGCUGAUGAGAAAUUUGCCGGUUUUUGCCAACGCCUUGGUAUUGAAUCCAUUCGAGACUACGAGAACCGCGAAUUGCGUAUCCAGCAGGAGAUUCGAGAUAAGAUUCGAUCAUUUGACGACGAGCUCGAGAAGUUGAACUAUGAAAUUGACUUCCUGACCGAACAAGAUGGCAACAAAAAAGUUGCCGAUGAAAAGAAGAAGGUCGCUAAAAUUGAUGCAACAUAUAAGGAAAUGAAAUCAAAGGAGAAAGCCGCCAAAAACGCCGAGGAGCAACACAUCGCAGCGACCGAGGAAGUGAAGGCGGUAUUAGAGGAGAAAAAAGCGUUGGCCGCGAAGCUCGAGGCAGAAUGGAAUGAAGCUAAAAAGGCAUCACAGUCAUCGCUGAAAGAGUAUACAAAGGCUGAGAAGACGUUGGUAGCCGUGGAAAGUCUAAUGAAGAAGAAGCAAUAUGAGAGGCACUCGCUGCUUCAUUCUGUCAAACUGGGACAGCUGGCGUUGCCUUUGAAAUCUGGAAUGGAGAUUCCGAAUAGAAUCGUUUCUAUUUUUGUUCCAAAAGCUCCAGAUGAUAUGUCUGAUUCUGAUUCUCAAACUGACGGUGCUGCUGAUAGACCAAGUGUGUCCGAUGAGCAGAUUCAACGAGAGCAGCACAUCAAAAUCAACUAUGACUCGUUGCCACAUGACUACAAAGAGAUCGAUGAUGACGAUGGCGUUCGACAAGCGACGAAUCGACUCAAUGUGGAAAUCGAAGAGUUGCAGAAGAAUGUGUCAAAGAUGAAUGCGCCGAAUUUGAGAGCCAACCAGCGGAUGGCAGAGGUCAGAGAGCGAGAAGCAGAGUCGUCGGAUCAAUUGGAAGCAGCGAGAAGGAAAGCCAAGGCGAUUCGACAGAAAUUCGAAAGAGUCAAAACCGAGCGUUACCGUCGCUUCCAAGACUUCUUCGAACCUGUCUCCAACAACAUCGAUGACAUCUACAAGCAUCUGUCUCGUAACACCUCGGCUCAGGCAUUCCUCGGUGCUGAAAACAUGGAAGAGCCCUAUCUAGACGGUAUCCAAUACAAUUGUGUUGCACCUGGAAAGCGAUUCCGUCCGAUGGAUAACUUAUCGGGAGGAGAGAAGACUAUUGCCGCACUCGCACUGCUCUUUGCUGUGCACGGACGUAAUCCGGCGCCGUUUUUUGUGUUGGACGAGAUCGACGCUGCGUUGGAUAAUACCAACAUUGGAAAGGUGGCUUCCUACAUCUGCGAAUAUGCUCGUGAUCAUAUGCAAAUCAUUGUGAUCUCCUUGAAAGAAGAAUUCUACAACAAGGCCGACUCUCUCAUCGGGAUCUUCCCAUACCCGGCCGCCUGUACCACUUCCGGCGUCCUCACGUUCGAUCUGACUCGAUUCAAGCAAAUCGGAAUCAACGAGAUGACUGAUAAUCCACCUCCAUCCACACCAAGCUCUUCGUCGGCUUCUGUGGCUGGUCAUUAA